GGUCUGGAAAGUGCCGGAAGCCAUCGCUGACCGUUCGAGAUGGGGUGCAACAUGUGUGUGGUGGACCGGCCGGAGGAACAGUACCGCAUCAUGUUCCAGAAAGGGAACAUACUGCGUCCUAUUGAUGGUGAAAUUAAGCUCAAGGAGAAGAGAGGCUCUCACCUGGGUCACAACCAGGAUGGACACCCCCAUGAUCCUUUGCUGCUUCAGGUGGUGCGUAAAGGGCACCGACGGAGGACGGGCAUGGCAGGGGGCACGGCUCGCGUGCUGGCUAUCGCCGACUGCAUGGACAACAGCACCCAGACGGACAUCAGCUUCCAGAGAAUUCUGGGAAACGGCCCCUGCGUGGCAACCAAUGGGACGCCACCGCCCCCUCCAUCCCCGCCUCUGCCACCACAGAUGGAGCCGUACUUGCUAAAUGACCUCUGCUCUUUGGAGCAUGUGUACAGCGACCCCCAUGACUACUUUGAUGUCACUCAUCAUGAAGUAGACAGACAAGAUGAGCUGGAGUAUGAGGAGGUGGAGUUGUAUAAGUCCAGUCAGCAGGACAAGCUGGGCCUGACCGUGUGUUACCGCACAGACAACGAGGACGACCAAGGCAUUUAUGUGGGAGAGGUAAAUCCCAACAGCAUCGCAGCAAAGGACGGGAGGAUCAGACAGGGCGACAGAAUCUUACAGAUAAAUGGGAUGGAUGUUCAGAACAGGGAGGAGGCGGUGGCCAUCCUGACCCGAGAGGACAGCACCAAUAUUUCUCUGCUCCUAGCUCGACCCGAACGAGAGUCUGAUAACCCUGAAGAGCUGGAGCUGGAACUGCCGGUGGGGAUGGAGGUGGACAGCCUGACCACAUCUCCCCUGUCGGGCAUCUACCGGCUGCGGCAGAUGGGGGUGAGCACAGCCUCUGCUGCCACCACGCCACUCCACGGGGCUGCCGACGCCGAGAGACGGUCGCCUGUUGCACACCUGGCGGGGCUCUGCACCAGCCAGGAGCUGGAUAGUGGCGUGGGCCGCACCGACGAGAGCACCCGCUGUGAGGAGUCGUCCGAGCACGACCUGCUGGCCGACGAUCAGACCACCAGCGCCUGCAACACCAACGCCACCAACACCCCCGCCAGCCUGCGCAAGUUCCGGCCUGCCGGCCUGGGCCUAGGUCCGGUCCACAGCCGCGGGGAGAUGCCGUCCCCCCUGCACCUCCGGGAGCUCCAGUUCAGUGGCGAUGCCCUGCCAGGGUUUGAAGGGUGUGGCGGGGUGGGCGUAGUGGGCAGCGGGGGUUACAUGACGAGCCCGGUGAUGAUGAUGAUGCCAGGGCUGACCGAGGAAGAGUGUGAGAGGUACCAGCAGCUAUUGCAGAUCAAGUGCCAGUACGACAGAAAGAAAAAGAACGCAAACGCUCAGAGGAGAGAAAAGAGCGAGGGACGGAGAGAAGAUGGUGGGGAGAAGAGAGGAGAGGAAGGCCGGGGAGAGGGGGAUGUUACAGGGGUCGCUACGGUGGACGUGAACUGCAACGAGAACUUGAGCCUGUCGGAGCACGAGAUGGCCCUGCUGGAGGAGGAGCUGCGUCACCUGGAGUUCAAGUGCCGGAACAUUCUGCGGGCGCAGAAGAUGCAGCAGCUGCGCGAGCGCUGCCUGAAGGCGUGGAUGAUGGAGGAGGAGGCGGCAUCGGGAUGCGGCUCGCCCGCCCAGACGCCGCCACUGCUGGGGCCCUCCGAGGCGCAGCUCUCCGACAUCAACGAGCUGCCCGAGAGAGAGCGCUCGGACAAGGAGAGCACCAGCGCCUACAACACGGGUGGGGAGAGCUGCCGCAGCACGCCGCUGGUCAGCGAGCACCUCUCGCCGCCCUUCUCCGAGCCCCCCCUCAGCCCACUGAGCAUGCACCGACACAGGGACCGCGGCCGGGCCAGCAACCUCAACUGCUCCUACUCCCCCACCAGCUACAGGAAGUGGCAGGCCUCCACCAUCGGCGGCAGCGGCAGCUCCAACCCGAAGUACCGGUCCUUCUGCUGGGAGUCGCCGUCCAGGCGGGUGCCCGCCGACGGGGGUAUCCCAUCUCGGAGGGCCCCGAAGGUGCCCGACAGGAUGGGCGGGCGCAGUGCCGAGUCCAGUCCGUAUUUUGCCCGUCGUCACCACAGCAGCAGCAGCAGCAGCAGCAGCAAGCCCCUAGAGCGCUACCAGAGCUGCAUGCAGCUGGGUGGCACUCCCGAGGGCGGCGCUGCGCUGGAGAGGACGGUGGAGGGGGAGAGCGAGGCCGCGGUGGGCAGCAGCGGCCCGGAGAGUGGUGCCACCUCGUGCCAAGCUCCGGUCCCGGGCUCCAACAUGCCCCCCAGCCCGGCCAAGCUGAGCCUGAACCUGCCGCUGUCCCCGGCCUCCUCUCCGCGCAUGGAGUGGAAGGUGAAGAUCCGCAGCGACGGCACGCGCUAUGUGGCCAAGCGGCCUGUGCGCGACCGCCUGCUAAAGGCGCGCGCCAUGCAAAUACGCGAGGAGCGCAGCGGCAUGACCACGGACGACGACGCCGUGAGCGAGAUGAAGAUGGGCCGCUACUGGAGCAAGGAGGAGCGCAAGCAGCAGCUGCUGCGCGCCCGCGAGUACCGACGCCGCCGCGAGUUCAUGAUGCAGAGCCGCCUGGACUACCUGCGCGAGCGUGACUGCAGCAGCCAGGAAAGGGAUCCAGCGAUGGCGGGUCAGCAGGACUCCCCAGCACGAUCCAGUUCCUACAUCUUGGAGCUUAGCCAGCGGAAGAGCUCGAAAAAGCGCAACCGACGGAUCCUGGAUAAUUGGAUCACCAUCCAGGAACUGCUAACCCAUGGGAGCCGCUCGUCCGACGGGAAGAAAGUGUAUAACUCACUGCUCUCGGUCACCACCGUCUGAGACAUAAGGUUAGCUAAGGAAAGGAGCAGUGAUAGCUUGUGCGAACUGAAGAUGACGACAUAAUUUCAGACACGCAGUGAACACAAAGUACACUCCAAUGUCGUUUAUUAAAAACACUGCUGUACAAUACACCGACCUUCUUCUGAAAUAUCUCAUUUUUCCUACAGUGUUCAAAGUCAUUCAAGCCUAACUGAUAUUAUCGCUUUUUGUUCUGCUAGUUGAGAAUCCACUAACCAGAACCUGUAGCCUAUAGCAGGGCUAUUGUGUGCUGUACGCUAGUUGUUUUGCUUAAUGCAAUCAGGAAGCAUGAGCUAUUUUUAGUCUCCUUUUUAUCAACCGUCUUUGCAAAAGAUGUACUCUUCCUCUUGAAUGUCUAAGACUUGAACGAACAAUAACGGAUGUACAAUUCUUUCAUGUGGAUAAAUUAAUAGGUGGACGUGUUCUGCUGAUCAAGGACAAGACAAGACAAAAAUGCACCUGAUAACUGAAUUUACCAGUUCCGUCACCACCAAGAAAGACAAGGAUGUGUCGAAGAAAGAAGUGUCAAGAAGUAGAUGAGACCUUAAUGAAGCACAAUAACUCUCAACACUCAGAUAUUAACCAGCCUAGGAAGCGACAGACAGCACAACUACUUCAGAUGAUAAAAGAAGCGUCUGAGAGACUAACGAGCUUCAACAUGGUGCUACAGGUUCCAUCGAGGACGAACUGAAAAACGAGAAUCCUUUCACUUGCAUGGUUUAAGUAACAGGUUAUUGUACAGAGAAACUACACAGAAAUCUAUCAAAUGUCAAAUAUCAUAGAAGCAUCAGUUCCAUUAGAUAUACACAGUAUGUGGCUGACGUUUUUAACUAUUGUUAUAGCGUUGUGAUUGGCUUUCCUAUAUCUGUUAUUAAAUUGUAUUUUAAAAGCGCCAUUUAUGAUGUAGAUCAAUUCUGUGUACUCCUUGAAUGAGCUGUCCUUCCUCUGGUGUUGUUAAAGGUUCUUCCCAAGGACACAUUUUAGAAGAAGUCAUUUUGUAUGUUUAAUGUAAAACUGCUGAUUGUUGUCUACCGCCCAUACAAUAAAAUCCAAUGGACACCAACCUAUGGUUACUGACGCUAUGAUAAACUUCUUUCUUCCUUGUUUCAAAUGUAUCAGGUAUCAACUACAUGGUGUCUACUUUCUCAACAUAC